CAUCUGGUUUUGUGUAUAAUUCACUGGAAAAGAUUCAAUCUCAGACCUUCAAUAAUUAGUAGAUUACAAAAGAUUGAAUCUUUUUACUCUGUUUUUUUUCUUCUCACUCUCUGUGACGCUCUGUGGAACUAUUUGAUAGAGAUUUCUGUUUGAUGUGUAUGUGUGAAACAUCUUUGAUCAGUCAAAUUUUAGAUAUUUUCUUAAUUUAACCACAUGGGUUUCUUCUGAAUUUUAUAAAUUCCUGAGCUUUUUUGCUUUUUUCUAUACAGAUUUUUUAGCAAAUUUAGAAACUUGGGUUUUCUGAAAUUCUUCAAAAUUUUGGGUAAUUCUUUGAUGAAUGAACAAUUUAAGGUUAUCAAGAGGAGGUGGAGGAGCACACAACAACACCGUGUGUACAUGGGAUUUGGGGUUUCAUCACCAUCGUCAUCAGUACACAGAAGGGACACAAAAACACACACAAGUAAUGGAAGAACAAGGAUCAUUACAACAAAUUGGUGGUUUAAUUGAAUCAUCAUUUAAUUCAUGUUAUACAUCAUGGGUUUAUGAAGCACUUGAUGAAUUAGAACACAAUUUUACAAUAACUGAUCCAACUAUUUCAGGUCACCCUAUAGUAUUUGCUAGUAAUGGGUUUCUUAAAAUGACUGGAUACUUAAAAGAUGAAGUAAUAGGAAGAAAUGGUAGAAUAUUUCAAGGACCAAGAACUAAUAGAAGAUCAAUAAUGGAGAUUAGAGAAGCUAUUAGAGAAGAAAAGAAUAUUUCAAUGAGUUUAUUGAAUUAUAAAAAAGAUGGGACUCCUUUUUGGAUGUUGUUUCAUUUAAGUCCUAUUUUUAGUAAACAUGAUGGUAGAGUUAUUCAUUUUGUGUCUGUUCAAGUUCCUAUAUCAAGGAGAAAAUCAAAUAGUGAGGAUGGGAAUAGAUGGCAAGAGCUUGUGCUUGGUUCUUGUAGAAGAGAAGUUUGUAGUGAUACUGUUAUGGAGUUGGCGAGAUGUCGUGCAUUGGAUUCUUUCGUUGAUACCGAUAAUAGAGUAUUGGAGAGGGAAGAAUCAUGUGAAGCAAGUGACUCAGAGAAAGGAAAAGCUCUGAUAGCCAUUGGCAGCAUCAUGUCUGUGCUGACUCACUAUAGCGAGCUAACAGGCAGACUAGUCUGUGGGAACAGAAGCAACUCUGCUGUGAUUUGUUCGCUCACUUCAGCGUUAAAUAUAUCUCUUGGUAGAAUCAAACAGAGCUUUGUAUUAACGGAUCCUCAGUUACUGAAUAUGCCCAUUGUUUAUGCAAGCGAUGCUUUCCUGAAUAUGACAGGUUAUAAUAGACAAGAAGUGCUGGGUCGCAAUUGCAGGUUUUUGAAUGGUCCCGAUACUGAUCCCAAGGCUAUUGGCCAGAUAAAGGAUAGCAUUCAAAGUAAUCAGGCAUGUUCAGUACGCAUACUAAAUUACAGGAAGGAUAGAAGCUCAUUUUGGAACUUUCUUCACAUAUCGCCUGUGCGGAAUGCUUCUGCCAAGAUAGCGUUUUACGUCUGUGUCCAAAUAGAAGAAGCUGUUAAGAAUGGAGUAACCCAAGGGUUGAGUCCUGAAACAAGGCAACUGGGCACCGUUGGUGCAGUAAAGGUAGCAGUCAGAACUCUAUCUAUGACUGCUGGGUCUUCAAGAUCAUAAGAGAUGACUUUGCUGCAGAUAACACGCAUCUUUGAUAUUGUUAACCAUUUUUCUCAAAGUUAUCCACAUAUUAUAACACGUAGAUGGAAAUGGACUCGUUAGGGUCCGUCCUCGAGGAAUUUGUGUUGGUAUUGUGAACUGGCAGUUAUAUGUACAUGAAAUGUGUUUCAAUCAGAAGUUGAAAUUCCACCGAUC